AUGCUCAGAAGCUUCCCUGGGUUUGAGGAAGAGGAGGCGGUGAGUGAGGGCAAGGGGAGGGGGCCGAGGAGACGGCUGGAGAAUGAAAUGGCUGCGCUUGAGGCGAGGGGGAGAGGGGUAGUAGAGGGGGGAGCGGGAGAGGGAGAGGGAGACAGAGGUGAGGCGUGUGAAGCAGCGGGGGCAGUGAGCAGAGCAGAGCAGGAGACGCUUGCAGCGGUGCUGGAUGGAUUGCUGGGCACUGAGGGUGAAGGGGAGGAGGGUGGGGGCGAGGAGGACGCAGCUUACGGGGACGGUGGGGGCUAUGGGGAGGGGGGAAAGACAGACUCGCCUAUGUGUUGGGCGGGGAGGUUGGAGGAGAGGAUGGGGCGGGCGUGGGUGUGGCGCGUGCAGCAGGUGAUGCGUGCUCUGGGGUUCUCAGGGCUCUCUUUCCUGUCGCAUGCGGUGCUGUCUGCUGUGCUGCUAGCCCGGCUUAAGGCGCAUGUGCAUGCAUCAGCAGGAGCCGUUUUCGACCGUCGGAUCCUCCCUCGCCUGCAUCGGUGGCUGCAGGUCACUGCUCUUCCCUUCGUUACUAUCACCACCUGCACAGUCACCACUAAGACCAGCACCACCGAUACUAGCACCAGCAGAGGUGAUUCCUCGGCCAUCUCCAUCCGUAGUUCUCGCGUGUCAGAUCCGAUCUCAGCCGCACAUCUGCGGCAGUGGCAUGCCUGGUUGCGCCACGUGGCGGGCAGGGAGCUGUGUGCGGUGCGCACGGGACAACUAUUUGACAUCAUAGUCGAUUACCCCGACUCCACCCCCGCCCUCCUCGACCUUAAAGACUGCCUUGAGAAUGGCGCUGCCGCUGCUGCUGCUGCUGCUGAUGCCACUGCUGGUGCUGCUGCUGUUGGUGACUCUGGAUUCAGUGCUGCUGCUGGUGGGGCUGGUGUGGAGGGUUUUGGGACGGCUGCCCUUGCGGCUGCUGCUCCGCCUCUGGUUGCUCUUGUGGCCGCACAAGGAGGGAGCGGUCUGAGUGGUGUGAGUGGUGUGCGAGGAGCCAUGGGAGGGGAGGGGUUGGGCAUGGGAGGGGAAAGCAGCAUUGGUGGGGGGAGCGCGUAUGGGAGGCUGGUUGCUUCGUUCCGGGCAGCGCUGGCCAAUCGGCUGCUGACAGCUGGCGCGUCGACGGCGGAUAUCCUGCAGCAGUAUGUGUCGGCGAUACGGGCUCUGAGGCUGGUGGACCCGUCGGGAGUGGUGCUGGAGGCGGUCAGUGAGCCCAUCCGACAGUAUCUCAGAGGCAGAAAGUGUGCUCUGCGGCUGGUGGACCCGUCUGGGGUGGUGCUAGAGGCAGUCAGUGAGCCCAUUCGCCAGUACCUGCGCGGCAGAAAGUGUGCUCUGAGGCUGGUGGAUCCGUCGGGGGUGGUGCUGGAGGCAGUCAGUGGCGCCAUCAAGGGCGCUGCUGACGUGGCAGAUGACGUGGCAGGGGAGGCGGGGGACCCGGGUGACCUGUCACUGCUGGAGGAGCUAAGCCGGGCGGCGGAAGGGGGCGAGGGGGAGGCGGGGGGGAGUGGAGAGGGGGAGGAGGAAGGGGCAGGCUUGGGGGAAGAUCUGUCUGCGGCUUAUGCUGCUGCUGAACGCUGGGAGCCUGAUCCGGUUGACGCCGAUCCCUGGCGGUCCUCCGGCCAGGCGCAGAGGGCGAGGGACAUAGUGCGCGUGCUGGCGGGGGUGUUUGGGUCGCGGGAGGUGCUGCUGGGGGAGUAUCGAGGCAUGCUGGCGGAGAGGCUGGUGGGGCGAAUGGGGUAUGACACUGACAGGGACGUGCGCACACUUGAGCUGUUGAAGCUUCGCUUCGGAGAAUCCAACCUGCACGCGUGUGAGGUGAUGUUGAGGGACAUGGCGGACUCAAAGCGAAUUAACGGCAACGUGAAGGCGGCUAUGAGGCAGGCAAGGGAGGAGGCUCGAGACUUGGCAGAGGCGCGUUCUAAUAUUGCUCGCUCGAAAGCCCUCAUGAGGCGGCGAGGCCUAUCAGUGGUGGGGGCAGGGAGGGGAGCAGCAACGGCACAGAGAGAAAGCAGGGGCACGGGGGGAGGUCCAUCUGGGGCAGGUGUAUCUGGUUCAGGUGUAUCUGGGUCAGGCUCAUCUGCAUGGUCGCAGGCACACACACCAGAGCACCUGGUGGUUAGGGGCAUGGCAUCGUUCUCCACCCCUCCAGACCGACCUGGGAGAGGAGGAGAAGGGGGAGAGGGAGGGGGAGGGGGAGGGAUUGUGGGAGGGGCGUCGCAGUGGUUCACUCCAGAAUCGUUUGCUUCUCCUCCUCCGCCCGCCGCUCCAGCACAGGCUCCUACUGGAGGAGGAGGGGGAGUGGGAGGGGCGUCGCAGUGGUUCACUCCAGACUCGUUCGCCUCUCCUCCUCCUGCUGCUGCAGCAGCACAGGCACCCCCUGGCGCAGCUGCCCCUCCUCCUCGGGCAGCCCGGCCAAAUCUUCUGUCCCGCUGGGCCCGCCUCCGCCCGGACCUCCGCACGCCGACCUUUUCUGGAGACCGUUCCGCAGAUCGCGGGCAGCCCGGAAAUUCCGCCCAUACUCCCAGCCAAUCAGGCGGCGGCAGCUCAGCCAUGGGGGGGAACAGGGGCAGUGGGAGGGGCGGGCAGGGGGGAUUCUGGGAUGUUAUGGACGCACUGGGGGGAGAGGGAGGGGGGGAAGAAAACGCAGAGAGAGGGAGGAUUGGGGAGGAGGAGGAGGAGGAGGAGAUGGAAGGAGGGGAGGAAGAGGAGGAGGUGAAGCCAGAGGAGAAAGAGGAGUUGCUAGAAGCAGAGAAUCUGGACGCUACGAUCGUCUCGGCGCUCUUUUGGCCGGCUUUCCAGGAGGAAUCGGUGCGGUUACCGGCGCCGGUAACGAAGCUGAUGGAGGAAUAUUCAGCCAACUAUGCGACGCUCAAAGCGCCCCGCAAGUUGCAGUGGAAGGGGAAUCUUGGGUGCGUUACAAUCGAGCUGGAGUUUGGUAACGGGCGUAACAGCCAGCAGUACACUGUGACGCCCGUUCAAGCAGCCAUUAUCCUGAAAUUCCAAACAGCCGGAGCAGGAGGGGAGAAAGGGGCAGAAAGUGCAGGUGACGGUGCAGAAAACGGAGAAGCUAAUAAGGAGGACGAGGCGAUGCCGCAGUGGGCGGCAUCUGAGCUGGCGUCAGCAGUGGGCCUGUCAGUGCCAGUGCUGCGUCGGCGAAUCACAUUCUGGGUGAAUCAGGGCGUGAUUGUCGAAUCGGUCGCGACCAAUCGGUCGCCUCCGGAACCUCUUUUCACGGUGGUUGACCACCAUGUAGAUCCUGCUGCUUCUGCUGCUGCUGCUGCUGCUGGUGGGGGUGGUUAUGGGGAUAGAGAUGGUGAUGGUGACGCGGAUGCUGCUGCUGCUGGUGAGGGUGCUGGGCUGGGUGGGUUGCGAGGUGAUGGAGAGGGAGAGGAUUUGGUAGCAGGCGGGGAGUUGCUAAUCGGGGAUGAGGACGAGGAGGAGGAGGGGGGAGGCAUGGUGGCCUCCUUAGAAGCGCAGAGGAAGCAGGAGAGUGCGGUGCACGAGUCGUUCAUAACAGGCAUGCUCACCACAUUCGACGGCCUCCCUAUAGAGCGAAUCCACAACAUGCUCAAGAUGUUUGUGUCUGACCCGCCGUAUGACCGCUCGCUGGCGCAGCUGCACGCGUUUCUGGGGAGGAAGCAGGAGAGUGCGGUGCAUGAGUCGUUCAUAACAGGCAUGCUCACCACGUUUGACGGCCUGCCUAUAGAGCGCAUCCACAACAUGCUCAAGAUGUUUGUCUCCGACCCGCCAUAUGACCGCUCGCUGGCGCAGCUGCACGCGUUUCUGGGGGUGCUGGUGGCGCAGGAGAAGCUGGAGCUGCGGGAUGGGCUGUACCGCAAGAAGAAGUAG